AUGUUUUGGAUUGCAGCCCUUUCGUACUUUCCUACCGCAAACGCAGUGGCACUAAACCUUCCGGAGAGAUCCUUCCUCCAACGCCCUUCCAAUUCCUCGGUUGCCGAUUUCGCAAAUGUCACAUCACUCAGCGAAUUCAGUAAUCCGCGAUUCAACGCACAGAUUGAUUUCGGGAAUGUCCUGCUCCGACCAACGUCUAUGCUUAUGAAUGGCGUCGAAGCUCUGGCCACGCUUGCAUUGAAAGACCAAACAGCCCGCAGCUCUGGCGCGCAGUUUCACGCAGAAGGCUAUCCAGACGUGGUCAUUGAUAUAGAGCCUCAGCAGCCAGCCACCGAUGUUUUGAAUGAAAUUAUGCUUUUGUGCAUCUUUUUCGGAAUGGACCGCGUGAUAAGAGAGCGAGAAUAUCGAAAUGCUAAGGUUCUCUGUUUUUGGGACAAUGUAGUGGUUGCGCAGGUGCUUUUUGAGCGACCGGGGUAUCAGUCAUCGGCAAACACUACUGACGUAUUGUCUCCGACAGCAGAAAGUCCCCGUGGAUCUGGCAACAUCUCAUCGCUAAUCACCACCACCAACGACACUCUCCUCGAAGCCGUUACCCCGCGCUUCUACUUUCGCCCAGACAGCCAAAGUCUUCCCACCCCAAAUGUUUUCGGUACCGUAAUCACGGUCCUCUUAGCCUUCGCCUAUUUACCUAACACCGACCCCGUAGAAGCAUAUACCGUUGUCAGAACCGGUGCCGAGUGGGAUGUCUCUAUGCUUUUCGAACCAACCUUAAUACGUACACGGCCGCCAUACUUCGAGUAUAGGUGGGCGAUCGAGACUGUGAGACAGAUGCCAGGGUUUUUGUUACAGCAAGGACGGUCCGCAGAGCUUAGCAUUGGCGUUAUCGUCGAUGGCGUGCAUGUGGGAAAUGCGCUUUUAGAGAAGGGGGAGCCUAACGAUCUAGUGGAGAAGGCGGGUGAAGCGGUGGUAAGAGUGUAG